CUAAUCCAACACAACUACUCAACUAUCGAAUUCUAGUUCAUCUUCCGAUUUCAAUCGGUUAGGGUUUUGCAAAAACUUCAAGUCCAUAAAACUUCCGUCUAACCGGAAAAAUCACUAGAUUUCCUCCGUCAAAGUUCCCAUGGAUCCUUCAGUUCUUCAGUCCCCAGAAUUACAGAAUCUUCUCACCCAAGAGAAAGAAAGGGCCAUGAUCAAUGAAAUGGUUGGAAAGCUUACAAGUGCUUGCUGGGAUAAAUGUAUCACUGGAACACCUGGAAGCAAGUUCAGCUCCAGCGAAUCUAGUUGUCUAACCAACUGUGCACAACGCUAUAUGGAAAUGAGCCUCAUCAUUGUCAAACGAUUUCAGAACAUGCAGUGAAGAACGAUUAGCUGCAUUCCUUUGUGCCAAUGAAAACUAUGACUACUAACCGCAGAUGGAUGCCAUCUCUCAUUUGGGAUUUUGUAGUGUAGAUCAAUAAAUUGAAUAUUUAUGUUGUUUUUUGGGCGGGAAAAAGCAUAAA